AGGAGCAAGAUAUUUCGAUAUUUCAUAUAUUUACGUAACUGUUGAAUAAAAAAUUGAUUGGACUUAAAUUUACAACACUUGGGCUUGUAAUUGUUUCGAAUUGUUUUGGAAUUGAAGAAGAAAAUCAACAAUAUACCAUGAUUCAUACAAUAAUUAUAUUUUGUCUUCUAUUUUUAGGAGUCAUUGAAAUUCAAGCAAAUGAAAACCCUUAUAAAAUUACAAAGUGUGAAAAAAGAGUUGAUGAAUUUUUAACACGUGUUGAAUCAGUUACAAGAUUUAUAAAUAGUGCUGAUUUUGGUGGUUUUUGGAAAACACGAUAUGAUUUAUGUAGUUCAUCAUUGGAAAAUAUGUCUGCGGAUUUAAUUGAAAAUAAAAAACACUAUUAUGAUCACAACAAAACAAUUGAAAAUUUACCAAAAGAACAAAGAAAUGAAUCUCAUUUAUGUUUGAGUAAAAAUCAACUUUUAGUUUUUGAAGAAUAUCAUGCUAGUCAUGCAGAAAUUGAAAAUUGUAUAUUUAGAUUUUACUCUGAUAUUCAUCGUAAAAAACUUGAAUUUUUUAAGGAUAUAUUUUGGACAGCACAAACAAUAAGAGGUUUAAAACGUAAAUGUUCAAAAAAUGCAGAAGAAACAAUUGAAGAUGUUGAAAAAUAUGGUUCAAGUAUUGGAACAUAUGAAAAUAAUUUAGCAAAUAUUAAAAAUUUAAUAAAAACAAAAGAAGCUGAUAAAGAUGGUAUUGCUAAAGUUGCUGAUUGUUGUCAACAAUCAUAUGAAAUAUUUCAUCAUACACUUAAUUCAACAGUUUAUUCAUUGUAUCAUAAUUGUACCAUAAAAAAAGAGCCAGUAAUUGUAAAACCAAAAAUAAAAGAACCCAUACCUGAAGAUCCUAGAUGGCAACGUUUACCAAGAUGUUAUAGAUUUGUAUUUAUUAGAUUUUGUUAA